AUGGCAACGUCCAGCAUGCAGUCGGACCACGAGAUGGCAGAAACAAGGCCCAAGCUGGUCAACAGACUCCAGAACAGCCGAUCCCCCUAUGUAGGGUCCCUCAUUCUCACUUGGAAGCGAAAGGACUCUGGCAUACUAACUUCACCGCAGGUGAGGGGCCACAUUAAUAACCCCGUAGCAUGGCAGCUAUGGGACGCAGAAUCGAUAAACCUCGCCAAAAAGCAGAACCGCUUGAUAUUUCUCAGCAUUGGAUACUCGGCUUGCCACUGGUGCCAUGUCAUGGAGAAGGAGUCGUUUAUGUCCUCAGAAGUUGCUGCUAUUUUGAACGAAUCUUUUGUCCCGAUUAAAGUUGAUCGAGAAGAGCGACCGGAUAUUGACGAUAUCUACAUGAAUUACGUGCAGGCAACCACAGGUUCCGGCGGUUGGCCUCUAAACGUUUUCCUCACCCCAGACCUGGAGCCCGUAUUCGGAGGAACCUAUUGGUCUGGUCCAAACUCAACCACAAUGCUAGGCCCAGAAACAAUUGGAUUUGUCGAAAUUUUAGAGAAACUGCGGGACGUCUGGGUGACACAGCAGCAACGUUGCGUGGAGAGCGCAAAGGACAUUACGAAACAGUUACGAGAGUUCGCCGAGGAAGGAACCCAUUCAACCCACACAGAGCGUGAAACAGACGAAGAUCUAGACCUGGAGCUCUUGGAAGAGGCUUACCAGCAUUUUGCCUCCCGAUAUGAUUCUAUCAAUGGGGGAUUUGGCCGAGCACCUAAAUUUCCCACGCCGGCGAAUCUUGGUUUCCUUCUGCGGCUGGGUACAUACCCCAGUCAGGUUGUGGAUAUGGUGGGACAAGAUGAGUGUGAGAAAGCGACUGCUAUGGCCGUCACAACGCUAGUGAACAUGGCUCGUGGUGGUAUUAGGGAUCAUAUCGGUCACGGCUUUUCGCGAUAUAGUGUAACAGCUAACUGGAGCCUCCCUCAUUUUGAAAAGAUGCUAUACGACCAGGCGCAGCUGCUGGAUGUCUAUGUGGAUGCGUUCCGAUUAACUACCGACCCUGAAUUGCUUGGAACUGUUUACGACUUAGCCACUUACUUGACAACUGCUCCUUUACAAUCACCCACCGGGGGCUUUUUCUCCUCUGAAGAUGCUGAUAGCUUUCCCAACCCGAAUGAUACGGAGAAACGAGAAGGCGCAUUUUAUGUUUGGUCAAUGAAGGAGCUCACUCAGGUGCUCGGUACGCGAGAUGCACCAGUGUGUGCUCGUCAUUGGGGUGUGCUGCCAGAUGGAAACGUUGCCGCUGAAUACGACCCUCAUGAUGAGUUCAUGAACCAGAAUGUCUUGUUAGUUCGAGCGACUCCAAGCAAACUUGCCAAGGACUUUGGCCUAAGUGAGGAAGAAGUGGUGAAAAUGAUCAAAGGCGGGAAACAAAAGCUACGUGAGCACCGCGAAAAAACCCGCGGUCGACCCGACCUGGACGAUAAGAUUAUCGUGGGCUGGAAUGGGUUGGCGAUCGGCGCGUUGGCAAAAUGCAGUGUCUUGUUCGAAGAAAUCGAGAGCUCAAAAGCAACUCAAUGCCGAGACUCUGCCGCUAAGGCAAUCCAUUUCAUCAAAGAUAAUCUCUUCGACAAAGCGACCGGAAAGUUGUGGCGCAUUUACCGCGAUGGCAGCCGGGGAGAUACUCCAGGCUUUGCCGAUGACUAUGCGUAUUUCAUCGGUGGCUUGCUGGAUAUGUACGAAGCUACCUUUGAUGAUAGCUAUUUGCAAUUCGCGGAGCGGCUACAGAAAUACCUGAACGAUAAUUUCCUUGCCACCAAUGGAUCGACACCGGCCGGUUAUUAUAACACUCCGUCCGCCAUGACUCCCGGAAUGCCCGGCCCACUUCUCCGAUUGAAAACUGGCACCGAAUCAGCCACACCCUCUGUCAAUGCAGUCAUUGCGCGGAACCUUUUGCGACUGGCGGCACUCCUUGACGAUCCAGAAUAUCGUAUUAUGGCGCGACAGACUCUGAACUCGUUUGCAGUCGAGAUCAUGCAACACCCAUUCCUUUUUGUUGGCAUGUUGGACGUUAUUGUGGGCCUACAAACGGGUACCCGUGCUAUAACAGGGGUCUUUGCUACCGCUGAUAUCCCUAAACUUCCCGGAUCACGUCAAGAUAGUCAGAAUGACGCGCCCCAGUCCGCAUAUAACCUCCUAAAGAAACGGCUUCGAAAGGAGACCGGUAGAAGUGUUUCUUCCGCGGUCGCUGUAUCCUCGCUGGUGGAUAUUCGGCCUUCUCACUUGAAGGACUUUGUGGGAAACCAGUCUUUCUGGCUGAAGUCGCGCAACCCGAUGUACAAAGAGCUGAAGGCUGCCGAGCCAGCGAAGAACUAUUUGCUUGCGUGUGAAGCCGGGUCGUGCAAGGUGGUGGAUCUUUAG